ACCGGAAAAAUGAGCUCAUGACGUUUUUCAUGACGGAAAGCACGGCAAAAUCCCGGGCGGUCGCGCUCAUGUUUACCAGUUAUUUCCAGCUGAUUUUUCCUUCAUUUCAACUGGAAGGGAACUUGCAAAGGGCGUAGCUCCACAGAAAGACUGUACCGAUGUACUGGUAUGACAUCAAGCGUCCGACGUCUUCAAUCGCCACUCACGACUAUCCCCCAAGCAUCAUCAAGUGUUAUCGAAACGUAAACACACAAGCAUGACAGUAGGGAUGCGAGGCAGCCCCACAGGGGGCGGGGACUCGGGGUCAGAGGGCAACCCGGCCACAGACACCAACCCACAGCAGCCGAGUCAGCCCCAGACGCCAGGCCAGCAAUCGCAGCCGGUGACGCCCCCCAGUCCUCAGCAACCACAUACACAGGGAGGCAGCGGCGACAGCGACCUGGAGGUGGAUUUGGAAGAGCCCGAGUUCCCCUUAGAGGAGCUGAGCCGAUUAGACGACAUGAUCAACAAGCCGCGCUGGGUGGUACCCGUCCUACCCAAGGGAGAACUGGAGGUUCUGCUGGAUGCUUCAAUAAGUCUCUGCAAAAAAGGUACCGAUGUCCGCAGUGAAGCGUGCCAGCGAUUUUUCCGAGAAGGUCUCACCACAUCCUUCACCAAGAUCUUGACUGAUGAGGCCGUGAGUGGCUGGAAGUAUGAAAUCCAUCGAUGCAUUAUGAAGAACACAGAGCGUCUCAUCCUGCUGUGUCUAGUCAAGUUAGAACAGGACUGGUUCCCACUCUUAGAUCUUCUGGCGAUGGCCCUCAACCCCCUGUGCAAAUUUCAUGUUUACAACGGCACCCGUCAAUCAGAAUCUGUCCCGCAAGGAUCCCAGAUGAACAGUAAUGAGCUAUAUGCAAGACCCCCGGAUCUCAGAACUCCGAAAGGCUGGCUCGUUGAUCUGAUCAACCAGUUCGGCCUCCUGCACGGUUUCGACACUCUCAAGAAUCGGUUUCUGAGCGAGACGCAACCCCUCAACGUGCCGAUAAUUCAUGCUCUCGUCAGGCCAUGGGGCCAGUGCUUCGAGCUCCUGACUACGCAUAUCAUUCAGAGCCACUUCAUGCCAGUUGUGGAUCAGAUCGUGAGCUACUUGGACAAUUUAACAGACGAGGAGCUGAAGAAAGAAUCCAAGAAUGAAGCGAAGAACGACGCGCUAACAUCCAUCAUUAAGUCCCUGAAGAAUUUAGUGUCCAGAAUACCCAACCAAGAAGAGAAGAUCAAGAAUCUGGAGAUGUUCCGUCUGAAGAUGAUUCUGAGACUUCUACAAAUUUCCUCCUUCAACGGUAAGAUGAACGCGUUGAACGAGGUCAACAAAGUCAUCGCCAGCGUGUCGUACUACACACACAAACACAGCGGCAUGGAGGAAGAGGAGUGGCUCACUGCGGAGAGAAUGGCUGAGUGGAUUCAGGAGAACCAAGUGCUUUCAAUUGUCCUGAGGGACAGUCUACAUCAACCCCAGUAUGUUGAGAAGUUGGAGAAGAUUUUGAGGUUCGUCAUUAAGGAAAAAGCCCUGACGAUGGAGGAUCUAGACAAUAUAUGGGCCGCUCAGGUUGGGAAACAUGAAGCUAUUGUUAAAAAUGUCCACGACCUUCUUGCCAAGCUAGCCUGGGACUUUUCACCCGAGCAGCUAGACCAUCUGUUUGACUGUUUCCAGGAGAGCUGGUCGACAGCGUCCACCAAACAGCGGGAGAAACUCCUGGAGUUGAUUCGCCGUCUAGCCGAGGACGACAAGGAUGGGGUGAUGGCCCACAAGGUCCUGGGUCUGCUCUGGGCGCUGGCCCACCAGCAGGACGUCCCCACGGACAUCAUGGACCAAGCCCUCCACGCUCACACCAAGAUCCUGGACUACAGUUGCUCCCAGGUACGCUCAGAUGACCGAGAUGCCCAGAAGAUUCGCUGGAUCGACCGGUUCGUGGAAGAGCUACGGACGGACAAAUGGGUCAUACCGGCGCUGAAACAAAUCAAAGAAAUCUGCUGCCUUUUCGGAGAGCGCACUAGUCAACUCAACCAGGCACCUCAGAAUUACACCCACGCCCAGCGCUGCCCCCACGUACAGUAUCGGCACGACGUCAUCAACAUGCUACAGCAGAAGCACUCCUUAGUCACUCUGGUCGCCGAGAAUCUGUCCAGCUACAUGAACCUGGCCAGGCAAAUUGCAAAAGAAAAUCCUGAUCUAGAUCCCCACGACGUAUCCACAGAGAACAGGUAUAGCCAUGGGCAGCAGGUGCAGGAACGACUCAACUUCCUAAGAUUUCUGCUGAAAGACGGACAACUAUGGUUGUGCGCACCUCAGGCAAAACAGAUCUGGAAUUGUCUAGCGGAGAACUCGGUGUAUGUCAGCGACCGAGAAGCCUGCUUCAAGUGGUUUUCAAAGCUGAUGGGUGAUGAGCCAGACUUGGAUCCUGAGAUCAACAAGGAUUUCUUUGAGAACAACAUCCUGCAGCUGGAGCCCUCACUGCUCACGGAAAACGGCAUCAAGUGCUUCGAUCGCUUCUUUAAAGCCGUCAACUCCAAGGAAGGAAAGCUGGUGCCCAAGCGUCGCAACUACCUGAUGGACGACCUGGAGCUGAUUGGUCAGGACUACCUGUGGCGGGUGGUGCUGUGCGGUCUGGACGAGAUCGCCAACCGGGCCAUCGAUCUGCUGAAGGAGAUCAACACCAACCUGGGGCCCAGGCUGCAAGCCAACCAGGUUGACAUCCAUGAGGAUUUCAUCCAGUCGUGCAUGGACCGGCUCAAGGCCAUGUACGACACGCUGCGUAUCCUGCAAGAGGAUAAAGACGGGCUGGACAAGGUCCAGCAAGAGGCCGUCCGUAUGACCCGGGUCCUGACCGUGCUGAGAGAGUACAUCAGCGAGUAUGACUUGGAGUAUACGGAGGAGAGGACCAUCCUACCCAUGGCAAGGGCACAUCGUGGGAAGCACGUCACGUUACUAGUCCGGUUCCCCAACCAGGGGCGUCAAGUGGAAGACAUCGAUAUCUGGUCCCACACCAAUGAGUCCCUGGCGUCCGUCCGGAGACAAAUACUACAAAGAGUCAAAGCCAACACGGCUACCACCAGAGUGGACCUGUACGUGAACGGAGAGCUGCUAGAUCCUACCGAAGACCGGAGGCUGGUGGGAAAGAUCCCGCUCAGAGACAAGACCUUGAUCACAGCCAAGUUGUGUCCCGUGGGAACCAACAUGCCUUCCUCACCGGACAGCUCCUCCGAUUCCUCCACUGGUUCCCCGCAUCACCCCAGCGAGGGCCCCAACCUGGAGGCCGAGAAAUGCCUGCCGGGAGUGCUGAUGUCAACCCAGCACAAGUAUGCGGACUUCAUCUUUCACCUCGCUGACAUGGGCUGCUCCUUGGAGAUCAACCCUCUACGAGACGGUGCUAGAGCUCUUCUGAAAAUCAUCCCAGCAGAUACUUCCACAGUAGACAUGCUGGCGGAGAACUGCAGGAGCAACGCCAAGCUCGGUGACCAGUCCCCCUCCCCCACUCUAGAAUCCCUCUUCUUUGGGACGUCCCAGUCGCAAGUACUCUACCAUCUAGAGGUUCUGUAUGCUCUACUAAUGCCAGCUAACAGUCCUCAUGGAGAAACAGCAUUCGAGUUCCAGUACAAUUUCUUAAAGAGUGGCGGCGUGAUGUGCGUGAUGAACAUGCUGACCAAGAACAACUUCCUUCCAAAUGCCGACACAGACACAAGAAGGUUGGCCUUGCAAGUCGUCCUGAAGAUCGCCAAGCUGAUGCUGACCACCGUGGGCUACGCCAAGAUCGCCUUCGUGGCCGAGGCCUGUCAGCCGGACGCGGCUGGGGGCUCCCAAUCCCAGCAUCCCCAGGUCUCGGCCAGCGUACACAACCAGGCGGUGGUGUUACAGCAGGCCAUGCAGCACAUCCCGAACCCUAACGCCGAGUGCGUGCUGCGGAACGUGGCCGUCAGGCUGGGCAGGCAUGCUGCCGAAGGGGCUAAAGUAGAGUCUCCCGAUCUCAGUGUGGUCAAAGCAGUCCAGAAGAUAGCCUGGUCUGCUGGCUGUGGCUGCCUGCAUCUACUACACGGCUCCAAUGAGGAGGUCCACAAAGGCUAUGUAAAGGACAAUGCCAGAAUUCCUGAAGGAGAGGACGUAGCGCUCUGCCGCGAAGCCCUGGAGGUGCUCUCCGUCUGCUUAGCCCUCUGCCCAGCAGCCCUGGACGCUCUCAACAAGGACAAACCCUGGCAGUGCUUCAUCAUCGACCUCUUGCUUCUCUCCAAGAGCCGGCCGGUCCGCAUCUCAGCCAUGGAUCAGUUCCUGCUGAUGGCUACGAAGUGUUCCACCGUGCAGCGGCCAAUGUUCUUCUUCAUCACGCUGUGCUUCACAGUUCUACCGAGCACCGUCAAGGAUAACUCCAGGCACUGCUCCGAGUACUUCUCCCUUCUCUGUCGCCUGCUGAACUACGCCUUCGCCACCAGCACUGCCAUGCCCAACGCCGAGAUCCUGCUGAACAAUGAGAUCGACUGGAUCAAGAAAAUCAGGGAUGUGGUGCUGAGUACCGGGGAGAAUUUCUGCGAGGAGGGUCUACUGGAGGGCCAUCUAGGCAUCACCAAGGAGCUGCUGGCGUUCAUGACGUCUGAGAAGAAACACCAAGUGGGUUCUAAGAAGGACGGCUGCCAGCUCAUCAAGGAGCUAAUGGAAGAUUUCCUCUUCCCGGCCUCCAAGAUCGUCGUCCAGACGCGCAAGAACGGUGCCGAGACGCCGCUGGAUCCCAUCCGCCCAAUCUGCCACACACCGCCCACCACCAACGCCGCGUUUGACCUCUUGGUGGCGCUCUGCAACAACUGCGUGCCUAACCUGCGCAUGGUGGCCGACACGCUGACCGAUAUGUACUACUCGGGCACGGAGCCACCGCUAGCAGAGUGGGAGUACCUACCACCAGUCGGCCCAAGACCCAACAACGGCUACGUCGGCUUGAAGAAUGCCGGCGCCACGUGCUAUAUGAACUCUGUUCUCCAGCAGCUGUACAUGGUGCCCGAUAUCCGAUUGGCCAUUCUCGCUUCGGAGGGGGCAGCCACAGACCAGGACGAGGACUUCUCUGGGGAUGAGAAGCAGGACACAGAGACCAACAUCGAUGUGGGUGAUUCAGAGCACGGCGGCAGCCCCGAGGGGCAGACCAACUUGUCCAAGCAGGAGGAGAGGAAGGAGUAUAACCUCUGCGUCCUGAAGCAGGUCCAGGCGAUCUUUGGUCACCUCUCGGAGAGCAAGCUCCAGUACUACAUCCCUAGAGGGUUCUGGAAGCAUUUCAAAUUGUGGGGGGAGCCAGUCAACCUCAGAGAGCAACACGACGCUCUAGAGUUCUUCAAUAGUCUAGUGGACAGCCUUGACGACGCCCUCAAGGCCUUUGGGGCCAACGCCGUCUUUGCCAAAGUCCUGGGCGGCUCCUUUGCAGACCAGAAAAUCUGUAAAGACUGCCCUCACAGGUAUUCCCGGGAAGAAUCCUUCACCACCCUGAAUGUAGAUAUCCGUAAUCACCAGAACCUCAUCGACUCGCUAGAACAGUACGUCAAGGGAGACCUGCUAGAGGGCGCCAACGCCUACCACUGCGAGAAAUGCAACAAAAAGGUCGAUACUGUCAAGAGGUUGUGUAUCAAGAAGCUACCGAGCGUCUUAGCAAUCCAGUUGAAGCGGUUCGACUACGAUUGGGAAAGGGAAUGUGCAAUAAAAUUCAACGACUACUUUGAGUUUCCCCGCGAGUUUGACAUGGACCCGUACACCGUGGCAGGACUCGCCAAAAUAGAAGGCGAAGUGAUUCAUGACGAGCGAGAGAGCAGCGACGAGAAUGAGGAAGAGACGUCCCACAGUACCAGGUACCGGCUAGUAGGCGUGGUGGUACACAGCGGCCAGGCUAGCGGGGGGCAUUACUACUCCUACAUCCUACAGAGGAAUGACAGUAACGGGAAGUGGUACAAAUUUGAUGACGGGGAGGUGACGGAAUGUCGCAUGGACGAUGACGAGGAAAUGAAGAACCAGUGUUUUGGUGGAGAGUACAUGGGUGAAGUCUUUGACCACAUGCUCAAGAGGAUGUCGUACAGGAGGCAAAAGCGCUGGUGGAACGCCUACAUUCUGUUUUACGAGCGCAUGGACCCGCCCAAGAAGGACUUGGAAAAGGCCAUCGAAAAUCUCACUAUCACUCCAAAGAUCCUAAUGAAGAUGCCAGCUUCCAUCCAGCGUCGGGUGAGGCGGCAGAACAUCCAGUUUAUGCACAGUCGCAUGCAGUACAGCAUUGAGUAUUUCCUGUUCAUUCGCAAGCUGGUCACGUGCAACGCUGCGCUCUUCAAUAUACCCCAGGGACAGGAACAGCUGGGUCCGGAGGCAGAGGAGUUGUCCAUGAUCAGUAUUCAGCUGGCGUCUCGAUUCUUGUUCAGCGUCGGUUUUCACACCAAGAAAACGCUACGGGGACCGGCCACCGAGUGGUAUGACGCCCUCUACGUCCUGCUACGGAGCAGCAAAAGUGUACGCCGGUGGUUUUCGCAGAACGUCCUCUUCGCGCACCCCUCGCGAUUCUCCGAGUAUCUACUAGAAUGUCCCAGCUCUGAGGUGCGGAAUGCCUUUGCUAAGAUCAUAGUAAUUCUAGCUCACUUCUCACAGCAAGAUGGACCAUUCAGCCCAGCGGGCCAAGCCUCGGAUUCCACCAGUACCCUGAGUGACUACCUACUCCACGCUGUCCUGUCUCUCCUUAAGAAGGAAGUGUCGGAGCACGGCAGACACCUGACUCAGUACUUCCAUCUCUUCCAGAUGUACGCCAAUCUGGGCAUUCCCGAGAGGACACAGCUCCUGAAGCUGAACGUGCCAGCCACCUUCAUGCUCGUCGCGCUGGACGAGGGGCCGGGACCGGCCAUCAAGUACCAGUACGCUGAGCUAGGCAAGCUGUAUUCUGUCGUCUCCCAGUUGGUCCGGUGCUGCGAUGUCACCUCUCUCACCCAGUCCUCAGUCGCGGGUUGCGCGGCAAGAGACAACCCCCACGGCGAUAACGUCUGCCUACAGCCCAUCAUGCCCAUCCAGCAACAGGUGGCAGACCAGCUGUUCCUAAGAGGAGGCUACGUCAAGAAACUCAUCGAAGACUGCAACAAUUCCGAUGAGACCACCAAACUUCUAAAAUUCUGCAGCUGGGAGAACCCCAAGUUCUCCCACAUGGUCCUCGGCGAGCUCCUCUGGCAAGUAGCUUACUCCUACACCUACGAGCUGAGACCCUACCUGGACCUGCUGCUCCAGAUGCUGCUACUGGAAGAUUCCUGGCAGAACCACCGCAUCCUCAACGCCCUCAAGGGGAUACCGGACGAUCGGGACGGCCUGUUUGACACGGUCCAGCGCUCCAAGAACCACUACCAGAAGCGCGCCUACCAGUGCAUCAAAUGCAUGGUGGCGCUCUUCACCAACUGCGAAGCGGCGGCCCGGCUGCUGGCCUCCAACGGCGACCUCAAGCGCAAGUGGCACUGGUCCGUGGAGUGGCUCGGCGACGAACUGGAAAGGAGGCCGUAUUCAGCCAAUGCCCAGUACACCUACAACAACUGGUCCCCGCCGGCUCAGUCCAACGAGACGUCUAACGGCUACUUCCUGGAGCGCUCACACAGCGCACGCAUCACCCUGGCCAAAGCCUGCGAACUCUGCCCAGACGACGAGCCAGAGGAUCUAGACGCCAUGGACGAGCAGGAAGGGUCACCCCAGGACGAGCCGCCAGUAACCAACUACCAACAGCAUCUACCCCACUUACAGCAACCAAACAACCAGCAGAUUACAUCCCAGGUACAAGAAGAAGAAAGCUCCCCACAAGAGGACGCGCCCAUCACUAACGUACAACAACAGAACAAACCCCAGCCGCCACCAAACAACCAACAGCAAGUGACCGCACAGAACAGCCAGCUUCAACCGCAAGUACCCAACAACCAACAGCCCCCGCCCUUCACCCAGCACCACCAGGCCAACCUUCACCGCCACCCCAACGCCAUCAACAACACCCUGCACAGUCCCCCGAACCCUCCGGCCCACAGGGGGGGACUCCAACAACAGCAACAGCAACAGCAGCAGCAGCAACAACAGGGGGAGGAACAGCAGUCCGUGGAACCGACGCCUGACCCCGGCGACGGUUACCCAAGCAACAAGGAGAAAGAGGGCCAAUGAGGCAUCGAGGGUUCGUCCCGAUUUGCAGAGAGUUUCUGACAGCGUUGUUUGAUGUCCUUAUCCGGCUGCAUAGUCUACUAAUUAGUGAUAAGAACAACAACCAGUAUUUUAGACUUUCAGUUUCAUGCCAGUCCCCUGCAAGAAAAGAUCACUGUAUGUGAUCAGCAACCCUAGUGAAAAAAAUAUAUAUAUUAAUACGAUAGAAAUGUUAUGAGCCCAGAAAUGUUAUGAGCAUAUGAAUCGGAGAGUGUUGUUUUGUAGUACAUGCCAAAGCUUUUUUGAAUGUACCACUUAAGUCCAAAACAAUUGGUCAGUGAUCGUAAAUAGUUUGUUGUCGAUAGUUGCAAGCAUGACCAUAGAAUUGAAACCUUAAAAAAAGAUGUGGUUUUUUUUAAGAAAACAAAAUAAGUGCACUUUUUUUGCAUUUUCUAUAUAAUGCCUGGUUUAAUGAACAUAUGCCAGCAACGUGAAGUGAUAUUUAAAUAAAGUCAUGUUGUUCAUAAUGGUAUUCUUUUUGAAAUUGUUCAAACAUUUCAAGGAAUUUAGCCCCUAUCGCACACUUUGAAAUACCGCUUGGACUUGUGUCGAGCAUAUUGUUUGUUUUGCAGCAUUUGGGUUCUUUUGGUAUCCUUUUGAAGUGUUUCAAGAAAGAGGACGACUGGAUUUUUGAAAUGUACAUACUCUAGAUAACAUAUCAUUGUUUUCAGUUUUAAGUUUUCUCUUUUUGUGCUGUUGCGUGCCAAGAGAGCAGUUACGUCCCAAAAACAAACGGUUUUGGUUUUUUUCUGAUCCAGAGAAGACGUAUUUGUAUGACGGUUGUUGGAAUAUGGUUCUCUAUGGUUUACAAGCGGUCGUUGUAAUUUUGGUAACCAAAAAUGACUUUAUCAAUAUGGUAUUUAUUUCAAACAUGGCAGUAGCAGAGACUUGCCUUUAUAAUAGUUGAGGACCAUCAACUAUUUUGAAGAAAAAAAACUUUGUGUGCUUUGAAUUUUGUAAUAAAUAAAAGCUAAAAUGUGAUGGUGCGAUUGCAUUUUACGCUAGGUUCAUUCACUAGUCCAUCUGUGUGCGAAAAACUUUGACAAAAACGUGGCAUUAUCUUAAAGUAAAACAAAAUUACAUGUAUAAUAUUCAAAAGAACAUGUAUAUGCUGUUUUCAAAUGUCAUUCUUUGAGGUUGUCAAAUUGCGUUUUGUUUUGUCGAGUGUUCCCCUUUUGGUUUUCAAAAUUUGGUUUUUACUUUUUGUUUUGUACUUAAGAUGAAUUGUUUGGCCCCUUGGAUUUCUCAAUACACUGUUUGCUUUUGUUUGUUUGCUUUUGAAAACUUCACAGGAAUGCUUGCCGGGGAUGUAUUUUUUCACAGUAAGCAUCUUCGGAAGGUUUUGAUGGGGG